AUGCCUUCGAUCUCUGUCUUCCGUGUCGCUACCCGCGCCGUCCGCCCUUCCGGCCUCUUCAGAGCUUCCCAAUUGCCCCGAACUCGGGUGCAGGCUCCCGCUGCUCUGGCGAUCGGUCGUCCUGCUUUCAGCACCUCUAUGAAGCUUCGUUCCGGCCAGCAUGAUGAUGAGACAUACGAGGAGUUCUCUGCCAGAUUUGAGAAGGAAUUCGACGGUGUCCAGGAUGUUUUCGAGCUCCAGCGUAACCUGAACAACUGCUUCGCCUACGAUCUUGUCCCCUCCGUGGAGGUCCUCUCUGCUGCUCUGCGGGCUGCUCGCCGCGUCAACGACUUCCCUACCGCUGUCCGAGUCUUCGAAGGUAUCAAGGCCAAGGUCGAGAGCAAGGACCAGUACAAGCAAUACCUCGAGAGCCUCGACGGUCUCCGCCAGGAGCUGGGCGUCGCUCUCCGGGAGGAACUUUACCCCGGUGAGGAAUAG